GUAUUGAUAAAUUUAAAUUCAAAUCCUCUAGAAGCAUGAAAAAUUUCAGGAGACCAAUCUUUUCUGUGGCAAUGAUCAGAAUCAGGGAACAGAGAAAACAUAAAAAUGACUUUAGCUGUUGGGCUUAAUUUUGGCAGAAUAUUUCGCAAAAGUGUUUCCAGAUCAUUAAUGUAAUCAAAAUUAAAUAAACAGAUUUUGAAAAGGCAUUAAUUGAUUCAAACUGUGACAGACAGAAAUAAUUUCAGGAAAAAAUGUAUCAAUGGAAAUAACAUUUGACAAAAUUGUGUAAAAAGUGUUAGAAAAUGUAAAAACUAGCUGCUGUACCAUAACUAAACAGAUAUAAUGCUAAGGAGACUGCUGCUUGAAGAACUGCUGACAAAUGAACUUAAGUUAUAUAUUUAGGAAAUCAUGUAAUUAGACAGUAAACAAAAACUGACUCAAGAAAUUUCAAAUCUACAAACAUUAUUAAAACACAGUGAAACCAACAAUGGAUGAUGCAGCAAGAGAAGUGUUAAAGAAAUGGAAAUCAGAGAUAAAGAAAAACCUAAAUUUGGAUGAAGACAUUUUGGAUACUUUGGAGGCAAGGAAUACUCUAAGUGGUGAAAAUGUUGCAAAAAUAAAGACUGAGAGGACAAACUCUGAAAAGAUCUCUAUGUUAUUAUUUAUAUUACAAAGAAAGGGACCAGAUGCAUUUCAAGAUUUUAUUGAUGCAAUCAAUCCUGCAUACAAGUUUCUUGCUGAUAAAUUAAUGGAAAGGUAUCAUGAAGAAGUCAAAAAACUAGACAGAGACUCUGGCAACAGUUCUGAAGGAUCCCUGGAGUCGAUCGAAAAUGCUAAAUCUGAUAUUUCUAGUGCUGCUGAAGAACCAGUUUCUCCAAGCAUGAAGAACCCAUCAAGUUUACCACAUGUGGAACAAAAUCUUACUCAUACAGUAAACAGGAGCAACAGAAAUGAAAUAAUGCAUGUUCAACUUCCUCCUGAAAGCCAUCCUACGAGACGACAAUCAAACCAUUCAUUAGACAUUGCAAUCCAUCCAACCAACCACUUUGUACACAAUUCAAGAAGAUCCAGCCAUUCCAUAGACUUUGCCACUCACCAGAGCUUGAAUGGGAUGUACACAAAGCUUAAAAUGCAUCUAUUUCACAUGAAUGAGCGUGAGCAGUCAUUCAGUAGUCCUGUGCCUGUAACCUUCGAUAUGGUUGAAGAUCUGCUGGACAAACUACUAAAACUGGAGCAAGAUUGUACUAAGGCAAUUGGAGCAACUAACAAGGACUCUUUACUUACAAGCAUCAUUAACCUGAAAUUAUUGAAGGCAGAACUACAGAAAAAUUUGAACAAGAAAGAGGAGCAAGUACAGAAAUAUGCUAGUAAAAUUUUGAAGCUUGAAACCAAAUGUAAAAAUAAUGAAAUGACACUUAAUCAGCAACAGAAGACUGUAGAUUCUCUAAGACUGGAAAACCAGCACUUAAAUGAAGAAAAUGAAAUGCUCAAGGAAAGCCUUUGCCAAACCGAACAAAGUAAACAGACUGAGGGUGAGGCUGAUCUUAAAGACAAAAGUCUUAGGCACAUGAGUAGGCAGAAUGAAGAACUGAGAAAAAAAGUUGCUAAAUAUGAAAAAGAGCUUGAAAUAAUGAGUCAGAAGUUAAGUGUUUUACAUAAACAAACCCAAGAUCAAACACAUCAAUCAAAUGCGUUGUCAAACGAUGAUGCUGUAAAAGCAGCAUUCCUAGAAAACGGAAAGAGAAAGGAAGUAGCUGCGAAGACAAUGGUUUCAGAAGCAAAUGAUGCUGCCAAGUCAAGACCUUCAACCUUACAGGAAUGUAGGGAAAUGUGUGCAGGAACUACUUCUAGAUACAACAUGCAACAAAUGAAAAACAAAAUUCUGUUUGCUGAGGCAAAGCGAACUGAAAGUAAAAAUCAGAAAGAUUCAGACCACAAAGAAAGAAUUAUAUGUGAUGGUGCAACGGCUCAGCAAAAAGAUGAUGACUUUCAUGACAAAAGAAGACAACCAUACGGAACAACAAACUCUUAUGAAACAAUGGCAAAAUUAACUGCGAGUAAGCUUAGUGUUACACAUUCCAAUAUACUGAAACAGAAGUCACCUGUUCAAGUCAGAAAGCCAUUGACUUACAAGGGUUUGAAAAAAAAUCCAAGGUGGGGGAAAAAAACACUCAGGUGAAAUCAACGAAUAAUGACUAGCUUAAUAUUGUGUUAGUAUUGUAAAUACUUAGAUAACUAUUAUUCCAAUGAAUACAUAGUAAAUUUAACAGUUAUCUGAAAAUAAAAAAGGUUAAAGAGCAGGCUUUUUAAAGAAUGCAAAUUGCAGGUUAUGAAAAGCCAACUGUUAAUCUAAUAUGUUGUUGUUUUCUCAAAGCAUUUCUUUCAAGAAGGGAAUAUACUCAGGUAAUACACUAUUAAAUGAAAAAAACAACAACA